AUGGAGACUCAAAAGUAUCCUGUUGUCCCUGGGCAUGAGAUUGCAGGCAUUGUAAAAGAGGUGGGUUCCAAUGUUCAGCGCUUCAAAGUUGGUGACCAUAUGGGAGUGGGAACUCAUGUCAACUCAUGCAGAGAUUGUGAGUACUGCAACGACAGAUUUAAUGGUGUUGGUGUUGAUGGUACAAUCGCAAAAGGAGGAUACUCCAGUCAUAUAGUUGUCCAUGAAGGGUACUGCUUCAACAUACCAGAAAACUAUCCAUUGGCUUCGGCAGCUCCUCUACUUUGUGCUGGAAUUACUGUUUAUGCUUCGAUGGCAUUUGGUUUGAAUGUAACAAUUUUCAGCACUAGCAUAUCCAAGAAAGAGGAAGCUUUAAGUCAGCUGGGUGCAGAUAACUUUGUGGUCUCAUCUGACAGAAAUCAGAUGAAGGCCCUGGUGAAGUCAGUAGACUUUAUAAUUGAUAUAGCAUCUGGUGAUCACCCUUUUGAUCCAUACGUUGAACUAUUGAAAACUGGUGGAGUUCUGGUCUUAUGGUGGGAUUCCCCAGUGCAGUCAAAAUCAGUCCUGCCAACCUUAAUAUCGGCCCUGGUGAAGUCAGUAGACUUUAUAAUUGAUAUAGCAUCUGGUGAUCACCCUUUUGAUCCAUACGCAGAACUAUUGAAACUGGUGGAGUUCUGGUCUUAUGGUGGGAUUCCCCAGUGA